CACACCCACAGACACACAUAUACGCAUGAGGUGACCAAACAGGAAGCAACGACCUGUUACGAAUCACUUGACUGGUGUGUAAGGAUCACCUACGAAUGAGAUUUGGAUGAACCAGACAGAUGCUAACAAACUCAACCACUAUUGAAUCAAAGGAUUUUGAAGGAUGAUUUCUGUUUAAAGUGACUCAUCGUACCAACCUAAAUCCACAAGAUGUUUACAUCCAGAAAAAACAGCCUUCCCUCUCCCAGUUUGGAGGACUCCUUCUUCCCUCUAUCUGCGUCCUCUUCCAUCUCUCUAUCCUUUGCUCUCCCUUCUUCCUCAUCCCCCAAUGGCAGUGUGGACAGUGGGGCAGGGAUAGAGACUGACCUGAUACUGGCGGCAGAGUUGGGACAGGCCCUUCUGGAGAAGAACGAAGAGUUGUCAGCUGCUCUGGAGCAGAGGGAGAAAGAAUUUGAGGCUUUGCAGCAAGAAAAGCACAUCCUCCAAAGAAAACUGGAGAUGAAUGAACUAACCUCGAGCCAGAAAGAGGCAGAACUGACAGCAGAUUUGGCUUCUUUAAAAGCCGAACUGGAGCGUUAUCAGAGCAGUGGGCGUGACCGACGUCGAGAUGAAAGCGAACAGCUAACUCAAUUGGCCAAUCACAACCAGCGCCUGGUGGAGCAAUUAGCAGAGGCUGUGACACUGGAGCACUCCUUGAGGACUGAACUGCGAUCUCUGAGAGAGGAGAUGGAAGAAUCCUCCUUUAGUCGAAAUAUAAGUUUCUCACAGUUAGAAAACAUCCAAGCAGAGAACAGGGUUUUGUCAGAGCGCCUGUCACACAUGGAGAUGCAGCUCAAAGCAUCAGAGGAGGACACAGAGAGACUUCGGGUAGAAAGAGAGGCACUGAGGGAGCAAGUGUCAGACCUGCAGGUGAAACUGAGAGAGCGAGAGGCCGAGAUAGAGCAGGAACAGGGAAUGAUCUUUGAGUUGCGUACCAUGAAUCGUUCACUGCAGCAAAAGACUCUGGGCAUGGGAGAAGAGAGUGUCCUGGACAGCACACACUUACAACCUUUGUCUUUGCUUAGUGAGAUUCAGCAGUCACAGGCUAAAGAAGUCCUUUUAGCUCACUCAGAAGUUUUACAAACAAGAGAUCAAGAAAUACAAACACUAAAAGAAGAGCUUAAAGCUAAACAAGAAGAGCUCGAUUCAUUACAACAAGAAAUCGAGCAAUUUAGAAGCAGUCCUGGAAAGCCAAGCUAUAGCUCCUUAGAGAGUGAACUGGCAACAGUGCGGCAGGAGAAGGAAUCACUCACCAACCAGCUUCUUGACACCAUUAAACACAAGGUGGUGCUGUCGCAAGAGCUUGAAGCAUGGCAGGAGGACAUGCGGUUAGUGAUCAAUCAACAAGUGCAGCAGAGAGAAGAGGAAAGGCAAAAAGAGCAGGAGAAACUUGCGUCACCUGCUGCAGCUGGACUGCAAAGAAGUAAAUCUCUAAGACUCAGAGGAGAAGGUGGGAAAGGAUUUUUCUCAUCAUUAUUCAGAGACAAAUGACA